UUCACUUGGUUGGUUGUGUGGUGCGCAUGCUCUGUUUAGUAGCCGGUUAUGGCGGCGGCGAUGUGUGUUUGUCCAUGAGGUGGAUGAGCGCGAGCUUUUCUCACCGACUGAACCUGAACGAAAGCAUUGAUGGCGGGUGUAUUCGACAUCGAUUUGGAUCAGCCGGAGGAAAAUGUCUCCGAAGAUGAGCUCGAGGAGGCUCAGAUCAACGAUUUCAUGGACCAGUGCAGCGGCUUUGAAUUCAAUAUGGACGACUGUGAGAAGAUUGAGAUAUCUGAGGACAACGUCAACCAAGGAAAAGAGAACAUCAGGCCGGAGUGUUUUGAGCUGCUGCGGGUGCUGGGAAAGGGUGGUUAUGGAAAGGUUUUUCAAGUUCGAAAAGUUGCUGGAGCAGCAUCGGGGAAGAUAUUUGCCAUGAAGGUUUUAAAGAAGGCUAUGAUUGUACGCAAUGCUAAGGACACGGCCCACACCAAGGCAGAGAGGAACAUUCUGGAGGAAGUGAAGCAUCCUUUCAUCGUGGAUCUCAUCUACGCCUUCCAGACGGGGGGCAAGCUGUACCUCAUCCUAGAGUACCUCAGUGGUGGAGAGCUGUUUAUGCAACUGGAAAGAGAGGGGAUUUUUAUGGAAGACACCGCCUGCUUUUACCUGGCAGAAAUUUCCAUGGCUCUGGGCCAUCUGCACCAGAAAGGCAUCAUCUAUAGAGACCUGAAGCCUGAAAACAUCAUGCUUAACAACCAAGGCCAUGUGAAACUGACUGACUUUGGGCUGUGUAAAGAGUCCAUUCACGGCGGCACGGUCACCCAUACUUUCUGUGGCACCAUAGAGUACAUGGCUCCAGAGAUCCUGAUGAGAAGUGGACACAACAGAGCAGUGGACUGGUGGAGUCUUGGAGCGCUUAUGUACGACAUGCUGACUGGAGCGCCACCAUUCACUGGUGAAAACAGGAAGAAGACCAUUGACAAAAUCUUAAAAUGCAAGCUGAACCUCCCACCCUACCUCACACAAGAAGCCAGAGAUCUCCUGAAAAGGCUUCUGAAGAGAAAUGCCUCAUCAAGACUUGGAGCAGGGGCUGGAGAUGCUACAGAGGUGCAGGCUCAUCCCUUCUUCCGACACAUUAACUGGGAAGAGCUCCUGGCCAGGAAAGUGGAGGCUCCAUUCAAGCCUUUCCUGCAAUCUGCUGAAGAUGUGAGCCAGUUUGACUCCAAGUUCACCAGCCAGACACCAGUAGACAGCCCAGACGACUCUACGCUUAGUGAAAGCGCCAACCAAGCCUUUCUGGGCUUUACGUAUGUUGCUCCAUCAGUACUGGAAAAUGUAAAGGAAAAGUUCUCAUUCGAGCCAAAAAUCCGCUCACCCCGACGGUUUUUGGGGAGCCCAAGAACUCCAGUCAGCCCUCUCAAGUUCUCUGCCGGUGACGUGUGGCCCCGGGGCCCAUUGAUGCCCGGCGGAUCCUCUCUAUGUCUCCAGUCGCCACAGGAGCAUGUCAUGUAUGUGUCAACCCCAGAACAGAUGGAUGUGCAGGCCAGCUCUGAGGCCUCAGCCCCCCUACCCAUCCGCCAGCCUACUGGGUCCAACCUGUCCCAGUUCAAACAACAGGCCUACCCCGUCAUGGCCAAGAGGCCCGAGCAUUUACGCAUGAACCUAUGACCAGCAGCUCAUCUUAGAGGAUUUUUUUUCUUUGUUGAUAAUUAUUCUUUAUUUUUUAAGCUAAGGACACUAGAGACAAUGAAACUCUAAAUUUCACUUCUACACACACACCAUCACUACCUGAAGUAUCCCCAAGGCUGUAACCUCCAGUGUGCUGCAGCUGAGCUCGGCAGACUCGGCCACUCCCUCAGGUCCCCUUGACCUCUGCAGCCUGACCCCUAACAGGACUGGACCAGCGGGACGGGGCAUCACUAUGGAUAUUUAACUUUUUUUUUGUUAUUACUCCAUCCUAUCACAAAAAAAAGGAAUGAGAUAAAACGUAUCAAAUGUGACCCAUCACAAUUCACAGUAACGUGCCGUAUAUAAAACAUCAUCCAAAGUCCUUCAUGUUAGAUGAUUAACUGCUGAUGAGGAAUUAAUUGCUUCCACUGAACACUUGGGAGAUUUGACAGUAUUUCUUGAAGGUUGCUUCCUGGCUCAGGAUGAAAUCAUACAAAUUAUUGUUAAUUGAAAACCUAUAUGAUUGGGAGGGGUAUCAAUAAGCUGAGUUUCUGAAUAUAGCUUUGUCUUAAGUAUUUUACAAAAGGGAUACAUCUACUGUGCUAUAUCAAUUCAUGAGGGCCUCAAUAAAAAUACAUGUUUACUUUUUACAUUUUGAAUUACUAA